GGCAGUGAUGGCGGCAGCAACGGCGGCGACGGCAGCAUGAAUGCCCGUGCCGCUGGCAGCGGAGACGGUCAGGCGAUGGCUUCCGCCACCGCCAAGGCCCCCGCCGCUCUCAUCUCAUGCGCCGGACCCUCGGCCGGUCGAGUGGAAAAAACACGCGCUAUGACAGGCGGCGUGCACGAGCAUAUGCGGGCGUGGGAGCCCGAGGAGGACUUAACGAUCCUGCGACUGCUCGGUGAGUGUGCCCAAAGUGGUCUCGGCCCAAAUUGGUCUCGCAUCGCGGUCUCGCUACCAGGCCGGACCGUCUCGUCCGUGCGCAACCGCUGGCAGCGGAUCGAGAAGGGGCGCAAGCUGCGCGAGGCUGGGCAUGCGUUCAAGAAUCGGUGCCAGCGCUGCGGCGCCCCGAAGCGAGGGCACGUCUGCCUUGCAAAGCUUGACCAGCGAGCAAGCGCCGACGCGGUGGCGGCGGCGGGCCUCGGCCAGCCAACGCCCCCGCCGCCUUCUCAGCAUCGCUCGCCCGCGCCCGCGCCUACGCCCGCGCCCGCGCCCCCUCCCUCUGCGUUCAAGGCCUUUAUCUGCCACCGUGAGUGAGUCAAGUACGUCCUCUGAGAUGGAGGUAGAGAACAGCAGCAUGGAGUAGUGCGGAGUCGCAUGGUACCUUUUGGGUAAUCCGAUAAAAAAAGAACAGCUCUGUACGGCUC